UUUUCGUGCUCAGUUUUGAUAGUCUGUAUCAGGAUUUAACCUUCGCAAUCCUUUCUCUCUGUGUUCAUACCAUUCACUCUUCUCUCCUCUCUUCUCAUUAACAACCGGAGUAGCCGAAGGCUGCCUCUAAAAGGAAGCGAGGUGCUACAUUACACUGAAGCAAUUUGAUCCACCAAGUUGGAACUGUUCAAGUUCCCCGUUACAGAUAACUAGCGAGAGUGUAGAGAACUUCGAUUUGCACCGAUCAUAUUCGGGGUUUAAGGGGGUUUGGGUGAAUCCUUGAAGUGUAAGGAACUGUAGAAGCAAGCUUUGAGUUGCACUGUGAGAUUUCAAGAUCUGUAUCAACCACAAUGGUGUACUGCAGUCACUGUGCCAAAAAUGUAGCUGGGGAGAGAAUGGAUGACGGUUUCUUAUGUUGCGUAAUCUGUGGGAAGGUGUUGGAAGAUUACUUUUUUACUGAGGAGCCUACAUUUGUCAAGAAUACGGCAGGGCAGAGUAAAUUAUCAGGUAAUUAUGUAAGAACAGUUCAAAGCGAGUUCUCCGAGUCACGACAAAGGACUUUAGAUAGAGCUCAUGAAGAGAUUAAAUUUCUAAGUUCUGGCCUUGGAGUUCAGGAUGAACAUAUGGCCGACCAAGCACUUGCCUUUUAUAAACUGGCGCUUGGGGAAAACUUCACUCGUGGACGUAAAUCAGAGCUAGUACAGGCUGCUUGUCUCUAUAUUGCAUUUCGGGACAACAACAAGCCGUACCUUCUUAUUGAUUUUUCAAAUUAUUUAAGAAUAGAUGUUUAUGCUCUAGGAUCAGUUUUCUUGCAGCUUUGUGAAGUGCUGAAGCUUGGAGAGCACCCAAUUGUUCAAAGGCCUAUUGAUCCUAGUCUUUUUAUUCAUAGAUAUACUAAAAAUUUGAUUAAGCGAGGGAGUAAGGCGGUCUCUGAUACUGCUCUGAGCCUUGUUGCAAGUAUGAAACGAGACUGGAUGCAGACAGGGAGGAAACCUAGUGGUUUAUGUGGUGCGGCAUUAUACAUUUCUGCUUUUGCACAUGGAAUUAAAUGCUCCAAACCCGAUAUUGACCGGAGUUCGAGACAGGUGAUUGGCACCGGAUUUCUCCAGCAGUUUCUCAACAACUGCCAAGUGACUCAAUUGAAGUGCCAACUACCUUGUCUCCUCCGACUCCGACAACUGAGUCUACCCAUCCAAUUGCCCUUCGAAAAGCUUAGAAUCGUCCAUGUAUGUGAACAAACAUUGACCAAACGAUUGGUUGAAUUUGAGAAUACGAAAUGUUCUAGCUUGACAGUUGAGGAGUUGGAUACAUUGGCAAAGGAGCAAGAAAAAAAUCCAACAGCAAUGCCAGAAGGUGAAUUGAAAGGGGUUUCGAAAGAUCUACUAUGUGAGCACAAGGACAGCGGGGCUUCCCAUUUUGCACUUGGAUUGUGUGAAGAAUGCUAUAAGGACUUAGAUAUGCUCUCUGGUGGACUUGGUGGUGGUUCGGAUCCUCCUGCAUUCCAACGUGCUGAGAGGGAAAGAGAGAAAAGGGCACUUCUCAAAGAGAGUGUUGAUGAAGCAUGUGAUUUGGCGAAUGCAUCAAAUGAUCAGUUUAAGAGCCAUAGAGAAGAUUUGCCUGUGCCAGAAGGUAUUGGGGCCAAUGUUGCGCAUGAGUCCGUUAAAGAUGGUGAAUGUGAUGAUUCAUUUAGAGAAGAUGAAUCUGAAACUUUAUCUGAUAUUGAUGAUGAAGAAGUUGAUUUAUACAUUCAUGAUGAGAAGGGGAGGCAGAUCAAGAAGAUACUAUGGGAAGAAGCAAAUCGGGAGUAUCUUGAGGAGCAGGCAGCCAAGGAAGCAAUUGCAGAAGCUAACAAGAAAGUUUUUGAGGCAAAUUUUGAAAACUGUUCAGAGGAUUUACUUGCAGCAAGAGAGCUCGCUGCAUCUGCUUCUGAAGCUGUGGCAAAAUCCAGAAAGGAAAUGAAACAGAGACGAGCCAAUGAGGCAAAAAGUAUGGGGCCAGCUCAAUCUGCUGCAGAGGCCUUCGGCCAAAUGUCUAAUAAAAAAAGGCAAUUGCAGAGUCUGAAAUCUAAAGUCAAUUUUGAUCGCCUGGGUGAAUUAUUUAAUGAACUGGAAAAAACGGAUGAUCCCAAGAAAGAAAAGAAAGCACGAUUUGAUCCGCCCCUAGAUAAUCAUGACAACUUACAGUCAUUUGAGCACAAAAAUGACGAUGAGAUGGGAUCAGUGGAUGAAUUUGAAGAUGAUACGGGGGAGAUGAUUAAAAGUGGGUUGUCUACUGAUAAUAUUGCAGAUACAUAUUUUCCUGAGGACGAUGAGUACGGCUAUAACGAUCAUGAUUAUUAAUGAAAGAUGAAAGAUGCCAGAUGAUCUUUCUGCUUUGAUUAUCUGAUUUUUUAGCCAUUGGUAUCCAACGUUGCUGGCAGCAGUGGAACCAUAGUUGUAAGACAAAAUUCCUGGAAACCUAAGUUGUCAUCUGAUUAGCAAGUAUCUCUAAUGAGCUUUACCUCUUUUUAAUCAA